GGUCUCGCUCCCAAGGUAGUGCGCAUGCGCCUGCUUGCCGAGCUGUUUUUAACGGUUGGACGUGUUCGCUUAUGAUUCCAGGAAGAGUCAGUGUUCAGAAUUAGAAGCUGGAAGCAUGGGAGUGAAUGACUUGUGGCAAAUAUUAGAGCCUGUUAAAGAAUAUGUUCCACUACAGAAUCUAAAAGGGAAAACGUUGGCUGUGGAUAUGAGCUUAUGGGUUUGUGAGGCUCAAACUGUGAAAGGCAUGAUCGGAACUGUUGUCAAGCCACAUCUCAGAAAUUUGUUUUUUCGUAUUUCAUGUCUCACCUUGAUGGAUGUGAGACUUGUCUUUGUGGUAGAGGGAAAUGCACCAAAACUGAAGAUUGAUACAAUGAAUAAACGGAAUGAGGCAAGGCGUGGUUUGGCCAGAAAGCAAGGAAGCUUUACUGUUCGAACAAAAAGAUCCCAUUUUAAAUCUGUCCUUAAAGAGUGUUGUGAACUGCUGGAUUGUUUAGGCAUCCCAUGGGUUUGUGCAGCUGGAGAGGCUGAAGCCAUGUGUGCCUACCUAAAUGAAAAUGGAUAUGUUGAUGGUUGUAUCACCAAUGAUGGUGAUGCUUUCUUGUAUGGAGCUCAAACUGUAUACAGAAACUUUACAAUGAACACAAAGGAUCCCCACGUGGACUGCUAUAAAAUGACAAUAAUUUACUCCAAAUUAGGUCUUGAUCGAGAUGCAUUGAUUGGCUUCGCAAUUUUACUUGGCUGUGAUUACUUGCCAAAGGGAGUUCCAGGGGUUGGGAAGGAACAGGCAUUAAGAUUGAUUGAAACAAUGAAUGGACAGAGCCUUCUACAGAGGUUUAAACUCUGGAAACACGAGUUUGAGGGUUUUACUACUCAUGAUCCAGCUGUGGAAAAGAAAGCACACUGUUCCGUGUGCCGACACCCAGGAUUAACCAGGGAGCAUGUAAACAAGGGCUGUCAGUUGUGUGCAACUGUUCAGUGCUGUUCACCACAUGGGGAUGGAUACCUAUGCCCAUGUGAUUGGCACAAGUCAGAACAGAAGAGAAGAUCCAACGUGGUGGAGAACAACAUAAAAAAAAAAGCAAGAGCUUGUGAGCAUUUCCCAUUUGAAGAGGUGAUCAGAGAGUUUCUUAUCAGUAAGGACCAAUUAAUUCAACAUAUUCAAUGGAAACGUCCAAAAUUGCUUUUACUUCAGUACAAAGGAUCACUUCCAGAAGCAAGCUCUCUUUUCUCAAGAUUGAAACAUGACUUUAUGCUAAAUGUUAUCUAUCAAACAAUGCUUGACUGGACGAAUUUUGCCCUGGAUAAAAUGGAGUGGCCAAGACACUACACAUGUGAGAAAGUGCUGAUGUUACUCUCACACCAUGAUAUGAUGGAAAGAAAAUUGGGAAGAAGGGGCCCAUGUCAUUUGCAACCAAUAAGUAUUGUCAAAACAAGAAUUCGGAAUGGAAUUCCCUGUUUGGAAAUACUAUGGCAAAAGCCAGAGCAUUAUGUUAUCUCAAGUGAUCAAUCUGAAGAUUCUCACAAAACUGUGACCACCAUAGAAGAUCAAGUUUCCUUUCAGGCAGCAUACCCAGAUAUGACUGCUUUAUUUUACAGGCAGAAAACUGAAAAGAAGAGGCAAAUGCAACCAAGUAAAAGCAAGGGAAAAGAGAAGGCAGCUCCUUUGCCUGAUGAAAUCACAGUUUUAUUGGCUGAGAUGAAUUUACAACUUUCCCAUAAUUGUGGAAUUGCAACAGGAAGUGAACCUGCUCAAAGAAGUGCAACUCAAGAGAUGAAUCCCUCCCACACCCAUCAACAUAAUCCUUCCAUUGACUUUUCUACUGAAGGAUUUCAGGAAUGCCAAGAAUUUCAUGAAAAAUCUAAUGAAAUUGCACAACCUGCAGUUAAAGAUGCUGCAGCAAUAGUAAAAUCUGACUGUGAGUCUUUACCGCUUACAGAAUUAGAAAAUGAGCAUGGUGCCUGUGCCCUAUCCCCCUCAGCAUCUAUGAUAGUUGCAGAGUUGCAUUUGAGUGGGAUUGAUUGGACUCAGUCAUUCAGUACACUACAAUCAGAGCACACUCCAAUUACUCCAGCAGAAACUUCUGAGCAAGUUUACCCAGUCAUUAAUGAGAAGUUUAAUGUUUCUAUGGACUCUACCAGUAAACUAACAGAAGACAAGACACUGAAAAAAAAUGCUGCGGUGUUAAAGCAGGAUCCAGUUCAAAAGAAUGUGGCAGAAUUAUCUAACAAGGAUGCAUCUAUGCUGCCUGAUCUUUAUCACUUAUCUUUAAUGGAUCGAAUUCUAUUGAAAAACUCUCAUCAGUUUUUAUCUCUGCAUCAACCAGAUCCUAAUUCCGGUGGAACCCCGCAUUGUUCCUCUAGUUACAAAAAUGAUGCACCUUCUCAAGGAAAACUUAAAAAUAAGUCAACAUUUUCCAAUAAAGAAAUGUUCACCAGUUGUGACAUAUCAGAAACUCAGUGCAUUCAGCAAGAGAAAAAAGAAAUGUACAUUUCUGACCCAACUACAAUUCAACAUGUGAGGCCAUUAAUUGAGGGAGAAAAUCAAGAUUUAACACGUUCAAGGGAGAAGGUUUUUGGAACUCGUGAUCCAGCUAUGUAUUCAUACCAAGCUUCAAAAAUGGACAAUAGCUCAUUAAGACUGAAGAAAAACAAAGCUACCAAACCGCACAGAAUGAAACAUGUGAAUGGAGAUGUUUCAACAUUUCAAAAGAAAAGUGUUUGUCUCAAAGUGUCGUCAUCCAGCGAAGACAGUGAUAUUGAGAAUUCAAGAGUAAUACAAAAACGUGGCUUCAAAUUCAAAGCUAUAGAUAAUAUUGUGAUGUCAGCAUCCAUUUCAAAUCAGAGUCAAGCUGUGCAAAAUCACAAUCAGCACAAUGAUCCUGAAGAUUCCAUUAUAGUAAUAAGUGACAGCUCCCUUCCACUGUCAGAAAGGUUGGAUCUUUGACUCCACGUAAGGAGAAUACAUCUCAGUUCUGUACUUAAUGCUGCUGCAAUGAUGAGUGGGUAAGCAACUUGGUAUGAUUUAUCAGCUGAUUGUAUUUUUUUUGUCCUCCUCAGCACCUCACACUGAGGAAGUGCCUGCCCUCUUAUCUGCAUUAUCUCCAUGAUCCCACACAAAGCAUCAAGUUAUCUUUUUCUAUCCCUGAAGCAUUUUUGUUGUGUUAAGAAAUAGGGAUGUCCCAUCAAGUCCAUUCUAAAAUUUGGUCAUGGCUAAUGUUUCUCAACCCCAUUCUCCUGCCUUCUCCUGUAACCUUUGAUCCCCUUACUAAUCAAGAACCUAUCUAUUUCUGUCUUAAAGACACUCUGGUUUGACCUCCACAGCUUUCUGCAGCAAUGAGUUCUACAAAUUCACCUCCUUCCCACUGAAGAAAUUCCACCUCACCUCAGUUCUGAAAGAGCUGACGCUUCUUUCUGAGUGUGUGCCUUGGGUCUGCGUCCCUUAAGUGUAAGUUUUUAGAAACAUCAUCUCCAUGUUCACUCUGUCUGGGCCUCACAGUAUUCUUUAGAUUUCAUUGAAAGCCCCGCCCCACCUAAACUCCCAAAUACAGGAUCGAUGCUGGGUUUGUUUGUCAUUUAUAUAAAUGACUUGGAUGAGCAUUUAGGAGGCAUGGUUCAUAAGUUUAUAGAUAACAGCAAAAUUUGUGGUAUAGUCAAUGGUGAAGAAGGUUACCUAAGAUUACAUAGAGAUCUUGAUCAAUUGGGCCAGUGGGCUAAGGAAUGGCAGGUGGAGUUUAGUUUGGAUAAAUGCAAGGUAUUGCAUUUUGAUAAAACAUUAACUAAGGGCAGGAUGUUUACAAUUAUUGGUAGAGCAUUGGGUAAUACCAUCAAACAAAAAGACCUAAAGGUUCAGAUACAUAGUUCUUUGAAAGUUGCAUCAAAAGUAGACAUGGUGGUUAAGGCAUUGAGGACGCUUGCCUGUGUUGCUCAGACCAUUGAAUGCAGACAUUGGGAUGUCAUAUUCAGGUUGCACAGGACGUUGAGACCCCUUUGGAGUACUGUGUACAGUUAUGGUCACCCUGACAUUGGAAUAACAUUAUCAAAUUAGACAGGGUUCAGAAAAGAUUUACCAGGAUGUUGCCAGGACUGGAGGGUUUGAGUUAAUAGGAGAGGUUGGGACUUCUUUUACUGGAACAUAGGAGUUUGAGGGUUGACCUUAUAGAGAUUUAUAAAAUCAUGAAGAGCAUAGAUAAGAUGAAUAGCAAUGGUCUUUUCCUGGUGGAGUUCAAAACCAGGGGGAUAUAUUUAAGGUAAGAGCAGGAAGAUUUAAAAGGGACAUCAAUGCAACCUUUUUCACAGAAAAGGUUGUUCAUAUGUGGAAUGAACUGCCAGAGGAAGUGGUAGAUGCAGGUGAAGUUACAAUGUUUAAAAGGACAUUUGGAU